AGUUCCUCUUCGCAUUGAACGCUGUUGUCGGACACGGGCGAACAGAACGGAGUUCCAACAGGUUUCUCCGGGACUGGUUUUGGCCUUAAAUCUGAACAGGGAAGGGUGGAGACCAGGAAUGUGACGCGGCGCCAUACCACAGUCUGUGGACUGGGGCAGAAACGAGUCUUCCCGGCCUGAAUAUCAAGUUAUUUCAUCGGCGACAACCUUAUUAAAGACUCAAAGAUUGCACUCCCUGCUCCAUCAUGGCCCAUCGCUCCCAGUGUUCUUCAGUGGGAGACAACCCUCUGGAUCCCAACUAUCUGCCACCACAUUAUCGGGAAGAGUACAGACUGGCAAUAGAUGCGCUGGUGGAAAAUGAUCUUGAAGGAUACUAUAACUUUCUGCAAAAUGCUAAUGUUGUUGAGUUCUUGUCAAGGCCAGAAAUUGACCACAUUAAAACUACUGUACAAGUGCCACAAAGUGUUGCAUCUGUACCAGAACUGACAUACCAUGAAAUGGAUCAGGAGGGCUCUUCAGACACAUACUGGCCACUGCACUCUGACUUGGAUGCACCAGGACUAGAGCUUGGUUGGCCGUUGCAACAACACAGUUUUGUUGGUCCCACUGAAGUUACGACACUUGUAAACCCUGCUGACCCUGAAAUGCCCAGCAUCAAGGAACAGGCCAGGCGGCUCAUUAAGUCUGCACAGCAGGUCAUUGCAGUGGUAAUGGAUAUGUUCACAGAUGUUGAUUUAUUUUCUGAUUUGCUUGAUGCUGCUCAACGACAUGUGCCUGUUUAUAUUCUACUGGAUGAACAAAAUUCCCAUCACUUUGUUUCCAUGGUGUCAAGCUGCAAAGUUAACCUGGAUAUGGUUCAUAUGAUGCGGGUGAGGACUGUUGCUGGCAUUACAUAUUUCUGUCGCACAGGAAAGUCAUUUAAAGGACAGGUGAUGGACCGCUUCCUUCUAGUUGACUGUAGAGCAGUGCUCAGUGGGAAUUACAGUUUUAUGUGGUCAUUUGAGAAGAUACACCGCUGCAUAGCUCAUCUGUUUUUGGGAGAACUUGUGGCCACAUUUGAUGAGGAAUUUCGCAUUCUCUUUGCUCAAUCCCAGCCCCUUGUUGUUGAAAAUUCCCUGGUGCCUAUGCCACCUGAUAACACUAAUAGUUUCUUAAGCAACCAGUUUGGAAUAAAAAGGUCACAAUCUCUAAGGAGUACUCGAGGAUUUAUUCGCCAUUCUGAGCUUUUGGGAUACCCGUUUGGAGGAGACCGGCUUGAUACAGUUCUGCCCUUCAGAAGGGAUGAUCCAUUUCGCCAAUCUUUUGAGACAGGAGGUGUUGCUUUGCAGGCUGGCAAAUUCAGUUCACAUCAGAUGAGAAUGCAGCAGACUUUCUUGGAGCAAAACAGGCCAAUGAUUGCUUCACGCCAGCUAGAAAUGAAUGCGUAUAAAAGACAUAGCUAUGCUGAAGGCACCCGUGAGAACUACUCCUCUUCUCGACAGUACAUGAAGCAACGUGUCAUGAACAACUUGGAUGAGAUUGAAACACACUAUCAGAGAGACCAACAAAUGUAUCAAAGUGAUAGUACACUUCCCGAAAGUGGACGCUUUGACUCUUUUCGAAGUUCUGGUUUUUACCAGCUAGAUCAAUAUUCUGACCCUAUGUAUCAACUUGAACCAGAAGCUCCAGACUGUCACAAUGUGUUAUCCUCUGAAGAUCUUGGCCAUGAUCCAGAAAGCAGGCUUUAUCAAGGCCCGGCUCAUUUUGCUCAACCAAACCAAAAACGACCAACACUCAGUCAUGCAUAUGCCUGUCAGAGCUCACCCACUCAACUUCAUCCUCCAGAACAUAAACAAAUGCUUCCUGUUGAAGAGCAGGAAAGAGAGCCCAAAGACCCAAGUGUUAAGGAGGGAUUACGUAGCUGGAGGAUCAACUCCUACCUUAAUACUUACGAAAAUGCUGGGGAAGAGGGCUUGCAACAACCUAUAGGUCCAGAUGCUUUUGAUGAACCACAACCUGAAAGCAGACAAUACAACCCAGAGGCUCUAGGGCUUCGCUUUAACACACAAGAACCACCUACCAUACCAAGUAAACCAAAAUUUGAUUUACGACCUCGAUAUGGUAAACCUAUUUUACCAGACAGGAAGCAAGUAAAAGAUGUAAUCGGCAAUCAGGCUUCUUCAGGAGUAGAUUCUCAAAAGAAAUCAGAUAUUACAGAUAUACCACUCACAUCAGCAGAAACAGAUAGUGAAAAGGAGAAGGAUUUAAAGGAUGCAAAAAAUUCAAAGGAGAUCAGCAUCACCAAACACGAAUCAUUCAGGAGCCGCAUCAACCCAGUGCUGCAGAGGAGCUCACGGUUACGCUCCUCCCUCAUCUUCAGUUCCUCAAAGUUAGAGCAACACAGCUCUACAGCUUCUGGGGAGAAACUACCAGAAGAUGAAGAGAACAACGCAAUUAGAACCUCUUCAAUUGUAGCAGAGAUUUUAGAAAAGAGGAGGUCAUUUUCUAGGGAGCCUUUUGACUGGAAUAAGCAUAAAAUAAUAGAUGAAAAAGACGGUAAAGUGUUGAUACAAGAAGAGCUAACUUCUCAAACAGAGGAGGACCCUGCUAAGAACACUAAAGAAAUUAAAAAGGAAUCUAAGAAUCCUGUACUUGAAGAAAAAGAUAUUACAAAACAAACAGAACCUUCAUUGGCAAUAGAGAAAAAGCCUUCAGUGGACAUGAAUGAUCCAGCAAGCCGUCUGCAGUACUUUAAAGAGCUGUCUAUAAAGAGAAAGAACUCAAAAACAGAGGAAGCUUUAAAUAAAAGUAAAGAGCCACUUUCAAAAAAGUCAGAUCUAUCUGAUAAUCAACCAAGUACAGCAGCAGCCACGGUUCCAUCUUUUUUAGUCACUCCUGCAGUUACCUUGACAACAACAUCAACAACAAUAUCCACAUCAACAACAGCAACAACAACAGUACAAAUAGAUUCUGCUGCAAAACCCUCUGUGGUAACCACAAAUUCAAGGCUUAGUGAAGACAACAUAGACAAGGGCAGUAGUAUGAUGAUGGAGGAGUCCACAGAUGCAGCAAAGAAAGAGGCAGUCACUAAAGAACAAAAGUUACCAAAACCCUUUCCUUCACCUAAGUUUACACUAAAACCUUUCAAGAGUUCUCACACACGUCGCACGUCUUGUGGUGACGAUAUUCUAACAGAUGCAACAGAUAGUGAAAAAAGUGAACUUAAAAAGUCUCGAAGCCUCAGCUCAUCAGGCAUGUCACAGUCAGAAUCCAAGGAAAGUCUUAGCUUAAGUCGCCAGGGCUCCAAUUUGUCCCUCAACGUUACAGGCUCAGAAGGCAAAGAGACAAAGCCUCUUGAUUUUCUGAAGAAGCAAACACAGAGACUAAAAGGGUUUCUUGGGCCCAAAGGAGAGAAAAAGAAUGCAGGUGGCUUAGGUAAUGCAGAGGACAAGCAAAUGAAAACUGUCCCUGAAGUAUCAGAAGAUUCUUCGAAUAAAAGGAAAGAAACCCCUGAUUCAAUGUCAACAUCAGCAACUGACAAUUCCAAAUCAAGCAAUAAGCUGAGUCCAUCUCGUUAUCAGUCCUCUACCUCUACUGUGCUAUUCAGCAGCAACCUCAGGGAUGACACCAAGGUAAUACUUGAGCAAAUCUCUGCAAAUAGCCAGAAGAACAGACAGGAGCUGGCUAAGCAAGCUGAUGAGACUGGAAAUGCUGAGGGAGAAAAAGGAGGCCACAUUUCAAAAAGUGACUGUGAGCCAUACCAGCGAUUCCAGAAUCAAAACAGAUUCAACCGAGCUCAAGCCAACCCUCAGGAGCGGGACAGCCUGCUGAAGAGAAUAGAGAGUAUGCGCAAAGAGAAGAAGGUCUACAGCCGCUUUGAGAUGGGGAACAACCUUGGAUAAAAGCAUGGCAGAGAGGGCGUAAAUUCUACGAAAAGGUCUGAGACCUCAAAAAAGUGCCAGCAACUGAUGUGAUAAACUCUGAAAAAGAGCACUGAAAAAACACAAACUCAAAUCUGAGGAGAGUGACUAAAGUCAAAGGAAUAUUCCUCAGACUGUGCCAAUCUUGGGCCAGCAGUUAAGACACUUUGCCCUUGAAAGGCAACUGCGCACACUGCCUUAAAACAUGAAAACAAUGAGACAUUAUCCCUGCUGGAUAAGUAACUGGCCAAAAAAGUGUUUGGAUUUUAAGACGUUUCUUGAUUUGUGCAUUUGUAAGUUUGUGCAGAGUUCAGUGUUUGUGAAUUUUUCAGUAAUACGCCACUCUCAGGUGUGUAAAGUGUACUGACAUGACUAGACGAAAGUAUGUCAUUAAGUGGGGGAAAAAAACUCACAAAAUAUACUCUCUACCCCAAGACACAUCAUGCUGCAACCACACCUGUGGUUUAGCUGUGCCAAUGGAAUACAUGCAUUAAAGAGUCUAAACAGGGUUGGUUGAGGGUGGAAAUGUUAGAGACAGGUAUGAGAUGGUAUGAGACAGGCAAUAGAGAGAAUGUAGUGGAAAAUCUCACCAGAAGCAAGAGGGAAAGAAAAAUGAAAGAACAGGAAAGUUUUGAGGUUUGUUAAGGCAGUCACGGUCACUAUUAUGCUGGAACACAAGCGAGAAAUAACAGGCAGGGCAGACAUGUUCUGAUCUUAAAAACAGCACCAAAACAAAUUUGAGGAUUUUUACUGUUGGAUUAUUUAGGACCUAAAUGGUGGGACAGUCAAGUCAAAAUUGUAAACACAACUAUGGAAUUAAAAAUAUUGAAGGAAAAAUUUAGAAUAUGAUUUUUCGGGGGAUUUUAAAUGCAUACUUAGGAUAUUAUAAUCACUAGGAGCUUUUGACUUUACUGUCUCAUUAACUUUGGAAGACAAUGUACUUUAUAUGAGUCAAAUCUGACAUUUAGAAAAUAAUCCUGACAAAAAAAGGUGAAUUUUAUCAUAUUUGGUUAAAUAACUAGUCUCAAGACUGGGCCUAGUUUUAAUAUUGUCAGUGAAAAAUCGUAUUAUUGUACCAAACAAACCGUUACUGUUAAAGACCAAAGAACUACCAGUGCCUCUAAUCUGUGCAAGCUGUAAAGUGAUUACAUUUUACUAUUGAAACUAUGUUGAUUAUACUUUAUCUUCAUUAUCAAAUUCGGUGAACAUACUGUAAAUUUUGUAUUAUGUUAAUAAAUAAAAACUGAAAUUCUGAAAA